GGAGCUGUGACUGAUAUAUAUGAUUUAGUAAGGAGAUUUCAUUUCCAAAAGGACGAAGUCAAAGUUAACCCGCAAAUUUUGGUCAUUCUUUGAUGGUAUAAACAACAUCAUAGAAUAGAACAAUGUGUGUGGUUCUUACAUCAAGGAAAAAGAAGCUUAAAAUAGUUAAAUAAAUCCCAGAUUGGCUGCUACAAUAUACAAGGGAUCGGUUAGUUAUUUACUAUUCUUUUUGUCGUUUAAGGUUUUGAACAUCAAAAGAGAAUCAGGAACAACAAUCUCACAAAGUAAACGAAUUAAACAAAUGCCUCAAGUCCUAUGUUAUUCAAGAGUAUCAUUUGAUCCUAUAUAUUUUUCAUCAAAGCAAGCUGAGGAGUUUCUGGGUGCAACUUAACCAAACCAACCACAGAUUGGGAAACAUCAUCAAAAGGGAAAAAAAAGGAAGGAUCUUUAGAUGGUGCCUUUCAAAGGAAGAGAAAAAAAGACAUUUUGGCCUUGAGGGUCCCUUUAGUUUGGUGUUUUGUUGAUUGCAGGAGCAGAAUAAGAUUGCAGUGAAAGAAAGUAAUGUGGUUGCCUAAGAAUCGAUCAGAUAAAAAGGAUGGUGUGAGUGGAUUAGUAGCAGUGGCAAUUGAUAAAAAGAAAGAGAGCCAAUCUGCACUCAAAUGGGCCGUUGACAAUCUCCUCACCAGAAGUGCAACAGUAAUUCUCAUCCAUGUCAAGCUUCUCGCACCAUCUCUGUCUCCAUCACCUUCUCUUUUCGCCCCUAGGAUAAGUUCUUUCCUUGGUGAUGAUCCUUCAGCAUUAAGCAAAGAACACGACGGCCAAAACAGAAAUGUUUUCCUCCCAUAUCGUGUCUUCUGUACAAGGAAAGAUAUUCAAUGCAAGGAUGUCCUACUAGAAGAUUCAGAAGUACCUAGAGCUGUAAUUGAAUAUGCUUCUCAGACAGGAGUUGAGCAUCUGGUUCUUGGCUCUUCAGCAAAAACUAGUUUGCUCAAAAGGUUCAAGGUAUCAGAUAUUCCAGGAGAAAUUUCAAAAGGGGCGCCAGAUUUCUGCACCGUCUAUAUUAUUGCCAAAGGAAAGAUCCAAACUAUGCGAUCUGCUACUCGUCCUGCACCUGCCAUUUUCUCUAACCAGCUCUGUCAAGGUAACAAUGGCAGGUCAAACCUUUCAGAGCCAAAUGUGUACUCAGGUCAAAGCAUAAGAGAUCAAGAAGCGCAUUCCUUUGAUACUUCAUCACAGUAUGACGAAAAUUUCAGGUCACCAUUUACUAGGAAACGUUACAAUGGCAGACAUUAUGGGGACACUCCGAAUUUAGAUACGGACAUAUCCUUUGUAAGCUCUGGAAGGAGAAGCACAGAUCGUUUGAUCCCUUCAAUGAACUUAGAUACAGGAAUAUCCAACAGUCGGCUAUCAUAUAGUUCAGACAUAGAUGCAAACUUCAGCUUUGAGUCAGCACCUUUUCCAAGGAAGUCAGUGGAAAUGAGCUCUCCUCUUGAAUUAUCAUCAUUCUCAUUUGAGAGUGAUAAGCAAUCAUCUAGUUCCUCACAAACAGCGGAUGACAUGGAAGCAGAAAUGAGAAGAUUGAAGUUGGAGCUGAAGCAGACCAUGGAAAUGUAUAACACAGCUUGUAAAGAAGCACUCACAGCACAACAGAAGGCAGUGGAACUUCAGCGGUGGAAACUAGAGGAAGAGAGGAGAUUGGAAGAAGCAAGGCUGGCUGAGGAAGCAGCACUGGCAAUUGCAGAAAAGGAGAAAGCAAAGUCAAAAGCAGCCAUUGAAGCUGCUGAAGCACAGAAGAGGAUUGCAGAACUGGAGGCACAGAAGAGACUCAAUGCAGAAAUGAAAGCACUUAGAGAAUCAGAAGAGAAAAGAAAAGUGCUUGAAUCUUUAAAUGUAGAUGUCAGGUAUAGAAAAUACAGUAUUGAGGAGAUUGAAGCAGCAACAAAUUUCUUUUCAGAAUCCCUUAAAAUUGGAGAAGGAGGAUAUGGUCCCGUUUUCAGGUGCCUCUUAGAUCACACCCCUGUUGCAGUCAAGGUUCUACGCCCUGAUGCACAACAAGGAAGAUCACAGUUUCAGCGAGAGGUUGAAGUAUUGAGCUGCAUACGGCAUCCACACAUGGUUCUACUCCUAGGAGCAUGUCCAGAAUAUGGAUGUCUGGUGUAUGAAUACAUGGCAAAUGGAAGCUUGGAAGAUCGGCUCUUUCGACUAGGCAACACUCCCCCACUUCCAUGGCAGCUAAGAUUCAAGAUAGCAGCAGAGAUUGGCACAGGCCUGCUGUUCCUGCACCAGACAAAACCGGAACCUCUGGUGCACAGGGACUUGAAACCAGCCAACAUCUUGCUUGACAGAAACUUCGUGUCCAAAAUCAGUGAUGUAGGUUUGGCCAGGCUAGUUCCGCCAUCUGUGGCAGACUCUGUGACGCAGUAUCACAUGACAUCCACAGCAGGAACCUUCUGCUACAUAGAUCCUGAGUACCAGCAGACAGGAAUGUUGGGAGUGAAAUCAGACAUAUACUCCCUUGGGAUAAUCUUUUUGCAAAUUUUGACAGCAAAAUCACCAAUGGGUUUGACCCAUCAUGUUGCAAGGGCCAUUGAGAAGGGAACUUUAUCUGAGUUGUUGGAUCCAUCACUCUCUGAUUGGCCACAAGAGGAGGCUUUGACAUUUGCCAAGUUGGGAGUGCAGUGUGCUGAAUUAAGGCGCAGAGACAGACCUGAUCUUGGCAAGGUUGUCCUACCAGAACUACACAGACUAAGAAACCUUGCUGAAGAUACUCACCUUAUCUCAGCUUUGGGUAACCCUACCAAUAUACCCCGAGACAUGUCUGACAGACCAGUUUCAGCAGUACUGGAAGGAGAUUGUCCUCCAUUUCCUAAUGCUGUCGCGGGGGAAAUUAGAGCUAAUAAUUCAGUGGCUUUCUGAGAAGGGAAAACAACAAUUGAACCAAACAAGAAAAUAUGUUCAAUGGAUUCAUGUCCAGGAUAAAGUGUAAAUUGCUUAGGUGGUUGUAAAUUGCACCAAAAGCGUAGCAUAUUUUUGAGCUACAGUGUCACUGUUUGCAGAAAUGAAAUAGGUUCUCCACACAGUUUUGGACUCAUGUAUAGAAAUUGUAACUAUAUUUUCUCGAUUCCAAGCCAUGUUGUAAACGAGGCUUUCUUCCUAUAACUUCUUCACUCUUCGGAGAGUUUUAAAAAGUAAUUAUCCAAAAACUUGAGAGGAACA